AUGUAUCAAGACGAACAUCUUGCAUGGCAGCAAAGAGUCCAAAAGGAAAUAACGGCAGCUAAUAGAUUCAUGCAGUAAUUUACAUCUAGAACAAAGGAUAGGUUCUCUGAAACCCAGAGAAGCCUGAAAACAGAGAGAAGCAGUAAGCAUUCUUCUCAUCACCAUAGCUUAAGUCCUCAAAAACAAUAUAAUCCUCCUAAACAAGCAAACAACUUAGGCACUGUCAACGUCUAUGCAGAAGUUAGAGGAAAAUAUGCCAGAAUGCCUAUACCUAACCCAAACCCUACCAAAUCUAGCGUCAUUUCAAGACCUACAACCCAAGGCAGUUUGGUGAAAUAUAGCAAGAGAUCUCAUGGAAGAGCUCUUAGCUUGCCUCCCCAAGAGGAGCAGGAAGCAGAAAACAAGCGUCCACUUGCAAAAGAAGAAAACAGCCCUAAACGAAACUUAGUUUCUAGAGGUAGCGCGACGUCGAAAAUUUCGAAAAAAGCAGUUAAAGUCCCUACUGUUGAGAAAAGCACUAAUGAAAAACAAGAUGUUCUGAUUAUUGGUGAAAAUGAAGAGAAACAGGCUGAAGAGGUGAUAACUGAAGAAAAUGAGGAAAAUGAGCAGGAACAAGAUGCUGAAACUGAAUACAGUUUCAAAACAACGAGCUCGCAGAAGAAGUAUAUUGAAGAGCUUGAGAAAUUAUUAAAAGAAGAAAGGGUUAAGCGCUUGAAGGCAGAAGAACUUUUGCAUAGCAUACGCACUUAAUCCUAUAUUUAAUUAAGCGAUAUUUACAUUUUUUUCCUAAAAAAUAAAAUUCUUGGUUUUUAAAUAUUUAAAUCAUCUUCAUUUAUAUGAUGAUAAUUUUUAUGAAUUUAUUAUUGCAUCUGGCUGAGCUCAAAAAUAAAUAUUAGAUAUUUAUGAAAUUUGAAUAUAUACUUUAAAUGGUCGCGAACCAACCCAUCCUCUUAAAUACUAUAAUUGGAAAUCUAUAAUAGGGUGUGGGGGACCUUAAGGAAAGGGGAUGGUACUCCAGAUGUGUUUAGCCAGGUUUUCCUGGUUUGGCGAGGUACAAUUUAGGAGUAGCCGACUAUGCUUCUUGCAGAUCCAGGUUUUUAAAUCAGAUGAAAUGGAGCGGAGAGUUGGAAAGAGAUCAUCCAUCAGAACCCGCGGCAUGUUUCCUGGCAUAACGACUAUCCCCAACAUGAAGCCAGCAAUUCAUUUUAACUAUAACUGUUUAUGAAAUUUGAUAGAAAAAUUAAUGUUCAUUAUCAUUAAAUGCCAGGUUAG